AUCAAAGUUUGCUCAUUUCGGUGAUUCUCACCGCCGUCUCGCUCUCUGACUGCAUCGACAUUUCUGUGAACCUUUCAGUGAUUCCUACAAGCCACCGCCGUCUCAGCUCUCUCAAAGUUCUGGGAUGACUAUGCCCAACAAGAAGGCUAAUCAAAGUGAUCGAAUCAGUGACUUACCAAGUAAUGUUGUUGAUGGUAUCCUAGCAAACUUGAAAAUCCGAGAUCUAGUCAGAACUAGUAUUUUGUCCAAAAAGUGGAGGUAUACGUGGACUUCAGCCCCACAUCUUUGUUUUGAUGUCGACUUUUAUCAAAGGUUUCGGCCUCCUGAAGACCCUGAACCUGUGGGUUUUGAUGACGACUUUGAUCCAUGGUUUUGGCAUCUUGAUAACCCUUAUCCUGACCGUGUAAUUUGUAAAACCAUCACGGAUGUUCUUAUGCUUCACAAUGGGCCGAUACACAAGUUUUCUAUUCACAUACCCGAAAGAUACAGAUUCAGGCUCUCAACGGAAAAACUCAAUAUGUGGAUCCCCUUUAUGUCAAGAGACAUUAAACAUCUCGAGCUUUUGACCUACCAAACUGAAGAAGAUCCUCAAUAUCCAAUGCUGGAUAUUCUCCUCUCUUGUAAGGAAUUGACUUGCUUCAAAUUACGCUCAUUUAACUUGUCAAUUCCACCUAAUUUCUGCGGCUUUAAAAAAUUGCGUGAACUUCAUUUAUAUUAUAUUCAAUUCGAGCCCAGAGCACUCGAGAGUUUUAUCUCUAGUUGUCCGGUUCUUGAAAAGCUCAACAUUGAAUACUGUGAGAUUCCUGGUUGUGAUUAUCUUGUUAUAUCUUCUCCUUCUCUCAAAGUCUUAGUGUUAGAUUUGAUUGAUAUAGAGUCAAUUUGUCUCAAGGAAGCAAGGAGUCUAAUCGAUUUUACACUCACGGGAUAUCUGGCCAAAGGUUUUAUCAAAGUUUGGCCAAAAAUUAAGAGGUUUUCUCUGGACUGUUGGGAAAAGAUCGUAGAUGCAGAUGUCAUUCCUUCCAUGCUGCUAACAGGCUCAUUCAGCUCUUUAGAGUAUUUGAAAUUGGAUGAAUUGAAUUUUGAUGAUAAAGGAGACAUUUUGUAUUUUGUCAGUCUUCUCAAAAGUGCUCCUAAUUUGAUUGAACUUGUUAUAAAGCAUUACUAUGUUGGUACCAGAAGAGUGUUGGGUCAUUUAGAGGAGUUAGAAAGCGAUAGCUGUUGCCUUAAACUUCAGACGGUGAAAAUCUACAUUGGAGCUAGCUCUCAUCACGCAAUGAGUUUGAUAAAGUUUAUACUUGCAAAUUCUCCUUUGUUGAAGACUCUUACUUUGUAUCGUAUUUAUGAUGAAUUUGAUGCACCUAUUUUGUUAAAUUUUUUACAAGACUUGUUACGGAUGAAACGGGCAUCACCAGCAGCACAGGUUGAUUUCCUUCAUUCUACUUAUGGACAAAGGCAUCUUAUUAUAGGGCAUGAUAAAGUUUUGGAUGAUGUGACAAAAAUUAAUUACUGAAUGUUGAACAAUGAGAUGUGACCAAACAAUGGUUCCGGCUUUUUAGACAUGUGGGAGCCUUUUAACC